GUUGGACCUAAUUAUUAAUAUGCCUUUUUGUUUGCAUAAUUGCAUAUAAAUUGUGACCAUAUUGUCAUGAUCAAGUAAUUGAUGGCCAUGGCCAAAAUCGCUCUUGGAAGCAGCCGAGAGGCCACUCAGCCAGAUUGCAUUCAGGCCCUCGUCGUUGAAUUCAUCGCCACCUUCCUCUUCGUAUUUGUCGGCGUCGGUUCUUCCAUGCUCGUUGAUAAGCUAGGAGGGGAUCCACUAGUCGCCUUGUUUGCUGUGGCCCUCGCCCAUGCACUUGUCGUCGCCGUAAUGAUCUCCGCCGCCCACAUUUCCGGCGGCCACCUCAACCCCUCCGUCACCCUCGGCCUCCUCGUCGGCGGUCACAUCACCGUCUUCCGUUCCAUCCUCUAUUGGAUCGAUCAAUUGCUCGCAUCUGCCGCAGCUUCUUAUCUACUUUACUACCUCUCCGGAGGACAGGCGAUUCCGGUUCAUACGUUGGCGAGUGGCGUGGGGUACGGUCAAGGGGUAGUUUGGGAGAUUGUGUUGACGUUUUCUUUGUUGUUCACUGUCUAUGCCACCAUGGUGGAUCCCAAGAAGGGAGCGCUUGCUGGGCUUGGCCCAACCCUCGUUGGGUUUGUCGUGGGGGCCAACAUCCUUGCUGGUGGGGCUUACUCCGCUGCUUCUAUGAACCCGGCAAGAUCUUUUGGGCCUGCCUUGGUUGCUGGCAACUGGACCGAUCACUGGGUUUACUGGGUUGGACCUCUCAUCGGGGGUGCCCUUGCUGGUUUCAUUUACGAGACUUUCUUCAUUGAUCGAUCUCACGUUCCACUUCCUCGAGAUGAAGAAAGCUAAGCUACUUAAUAGGAUUAUUAGCAACCUGCACUUUCAAUUCACCCUGCUUAAUUUCCUAAUUAAGUUAAUCAAUAAUCUUCCUUCUGUGUGUUAUGUAUGUUUGAAGAGGCUUGUUUAUGUAUAAUAAUAUAUCCUUAAUCAUCUUAA